AUGCGCCAUUUCGAUGCCUGGAUCCUCCGCGACCCCUAUUCUAUCUUUCACUACUAUUCAACCGGUCAUCGCUGGAAAGAAACAGUCCGCGACCUUAUCCAAGCCCGCAAGAUCUGCGCGCCGCUCUCGCUCAACAAUGGCCCCUCUACAUCUUCACCUCCCGUCGACCUGUACUCCGAAGAGCACCCGAUGAACCCGCAGUCAACGAGCGCCUUCCUCACAAAGCUUCCAAUCGAGGUCCGACUCACGAUCUAUGAAUACGCCUUCGGCGAUCAGGUCGUCCACCUCGUCCAGGUGAAGGACAAGAUUCGGCAUGUACGAUGCACGAAUACCACAUCGAGCCUGGAUAAGAACCGACGAUGUUGCCCUAUGACGCCGGCGAGGUGGCGGCCGAAUGAUCUUGCUGCUGCUUCAACUGCAUUAGCAACUGGGAACAAUGCCAAUGCCUGUACCAGCAUGCUCUAUCCACACACCCAUCCAUUACUCCCUUCCAAUUUGAGCAAUUCCCCCACUACCCUUCUCCGCACAUGCCGAUUCAUCUACGCCGAAGCAUGCUCGAUCCUCUACAAGAGCUCAACCUUCGACGUAGACGACCUAACGACAUUCAUCGCCUUUAGCCUCUCUAUCUCGCCUGAUCAUCUCCGCGCAAUAAAAAAGCUGACGAUUCAAUGGACGCCCGUCUGGCAGCCCAUGGCAGGCGAGGAGCUUAAGAGCUCGAUUUAUUCCCACACGCACAACGACCGACUCUGGGUGUUAUUCUGGACCCGGGUCGCAGCGUUAAACGGGCUGGAGGAGCUGGCGCUUAGCGUGGAUUUGGGAUUAUUCGCGGCGCCGGGUGCCAAUACUCCCCACGGUGCAGGCAGUGGCAACGGAGGAGCCUUGAUAGGCGGCAACAGACUCCGACUCUCAAUCAAUGAGCCCUGGGUUGCGCCUUUGCUCUGCGUCAGGGGCCUAAGAUCCUUUGAGCUAGGCAUCACAGCGAAGUGCGAUGCCGCUGCAAAGCAGUUUCUCGAGGGCGACUUGGUGCGUGAUGCCAUGAUGUUGCGGGACCAUUUGCGUCUGGUUAUGUGUACCGAACGCGGUGCAGAUUUGCCUGUCUUACCCGGGUCACAAGCGCCGGGUUUGUUCGUGCAGUUGGAGUUGUUAAAACGGUGUGCGGAGGAGGUCGAGGCGGAUCAUCAGAGCAUGAGGCCAAGGCUGGCUAUUACUGCCGGCGCUGCGUGA